CGCCACAGCCCCCCGCGUGUUGGGGGCCGGCGAAGCCGCAUGGCGGCGGCGUGGGGGUGGCGCGGCGGCCCCGCGCUCUUGCGGGGGGUGCUCGGGGCAGCCUCGGGCCGCGCCUGCAGCUCCGGGGCGCUCGUGAGGGCUCCCUCUGCCGCGGCUCAGGAACUGCAAAGCUCAGAAAGAGGACGCUUUCUACUGCAACAUGCUGUUCCCUUCUCUGCUUUUUUGACGGACAGCUUUGGGCGUCAGCACAAUUACUUAAGAAUUUCUUUGACUGAGAAAUGCAACCUCAGGUGUCAGUAUUGUAUGCCAGAGGAGGGUGUUCAGCUGACCCCUAAAUCAGAGCUACUUACUGCUCAGGAGAUAAUCACCCUAGCCAGACUGUUUGUGAAAGAAGGUGUAGAGAAGAUCCGACUGACAGGAGGAGAGCCACUUAUCCGUCCUGAUGUGGUUGAUAUUGUGGGUCAACUGUACAAGCUAGAAGGGCUUAAAACCAUUGCUGUCACAACCAAUGGGAUCAACUUAACCAGACUGCUGCCCCGACUGAAGGAGGCAGGACUGAAUGCCAUUAACAUUAGUCUGGAUACUUUGGUCCCAGCUAAAUUUGAGUUCAUUGUCCGGAGGAAAGGCUUUCACAAGGUAAUGGAAGGAAUCCACAAAGCCACUGAACUUGGCUACCGUCCUGUUAAGGUAAACUGUGUGGUGAUGCGAGGCUUCAAUGAGGAUGAACUGCUGGGCUUUGUGGAUUUCACAAAGGAUCUGCCCCUUGAUGUGCGGUUCAUAGAAUACAUGCCCUUUGAUGGCAAUAAAUGGAACUUCAAGAAGAUGGUAAGCUACAAAGAAAUGCUUGAUACAAUUAAACAGCGAUGGCCUGAACUGGAGAAAUUGACCUGUGAAACUUCCAGCACAGCCAAGAGUUAUAAGGUGCCACAUUUCCAGGGACAAAUUAGCUUUAUCACCUCCAUGUCAGAGCACUUCUGUGGAUCCUGCAAUCGGCUGAGGAUAACAGCGGAUGGGAACCUAAAGGUGUGCCUUUUUGGGAAUUCAGAAGUGUCCUUGAGAGAUCACCUACGGUCGGGUGCCUCAGAGGAAGAGUUGGUUCAAAUCAUUGGAGCAGCAGUGGGCAGAAAAAAGAAACAGCAUGCUGGCAUGUUUAACAUUUCCCAGAUGAAAAACCGGCCAAUGAUCCUGAUUGAGCCUGCAUUGAUGUCAUUCCCACUAUGCCAAGAUGCCCUGCAGUUUCCGGCAAAUUCAAAACAGUGGGGCCACACAUUUAGCCAUUGGCUGACUUUGAGAACAAGUUUACCCAAACAAAUGGGAAAAGCAUUUAUGAAAAAUAAGCUUACAGGACAACCUUUCCUACCAGGAUCUCACCCAGAGCAACAGUGGCACAUAACGACAGGAAUUCUACAAACCCAGCUCAGAGGCUGCUGUGUCUUCCAGAAGGACCCAAGCUCCACGUUUGACACAAAGUGCCUUGAGGCUUCUUCUGUUGGCCAAGUUUCUGUGGACUAUCAGUCCAAAGAGGCAAGUCCAGGAUCUGAAUUCUGUACCAGGGAUUUGGGAUCUUGCACCAAGGUACCUCGUGCCUCUCACAGCUUGACUCACACUGAUGAGGAAGGACGGGCCACAAUGGUUGACGUUGGAGGGAAGCCAGAUUCAAGAAGAAGUGCUGUUGCUGGUGCUGUGGUCUGCCUGGGUCAGAAGGCAUUUGGGAUGGUGAGGCAGAACCAGGUGAAGAAAGGGGAUGUGCUGGCAGUAGCCCAGAUUGCAGGAAUUCAGGGAGCCAAGCUGACCAGCCAGUUGAUCCCAUUGUGUCACAACAUCCCCCUCAACCAUGUUGAGGUGUCCCUGAGCCUGGAUGAGGCCAGAUAUGCAGUGGUGAUUCGAAGCUCCUGUCAGACCUGGGGGAGGACAGGUGUGGAGAUGGAAGCUCUAACAGCUGCCAGCCUGGCUGCCCUGACUGUGUAUGACAUGUGCAAAGCAGUUACUCAUGAAAUUGUGAUCGAAGAGGUGAAGUUGCUUAGUAAGACAGGUGGGCAGAGGGGAGACUUCUCAAGGGUCUAGAUCAUAUCCAGACCCCUCCAGGUGACCACUGUUCAUGUGCAGCCUCUUACAGAACUACUUUUGCUCAGCUGGUAGGCUUGGAAACCUCAGCAGGUAUACCAUCUAACAACCCUACAACUCCAGUUUUGCCUUACCAUGUCAGCUUACUGCUGGGUGAACAGUGGAGCCACUUAUCCCUGUUGAUAACUAUGUGUGUUUUUUUUAGAGGACAGACUUCUCCACUCUGCCAGUACCUUCCUUUCAAUGUCCUCACCAUGAGCUUGAGCAAAGAUUUCUAGGUAUACCACAGAGGUGUUGGGUUUGGGUUUUUUUUCCUUCUUGCUGCGAAAUAUUCACAGCUGCUGUCAUCCAUCAACCAUGCAACUGUGAGCUCUGGAAAUGAAGCAAAUGCUGAAAGUGCUAUUAUUUGGCAAUUAUUUUUAAGUCAAGAAUUAACAUUUCAGAACUGUGUUUGUCCAUCUGUCUCCCAACCUCCUUAGUUGAAUUUAGAAGGUGACAGUGAGAAGAACACAGCUUGGGAACCUUACCAUACAGCAGAGAUUAUAACUGUCAAACAGUCAGGGUCACAGGGGCAGCUCCCAUCCCUUUGCAUUGCUACUGCUUCCCUUGCCUGCAAGUGGGAAAUAUACACAUCUCAGUUUCAGAAGAAAAAAAAAGAUGGCAGCUGACCAGUUGUCUGCCUUGAGUGCUCUGUAAAACAUGAUGUAGAAACAGAAGAUUUCUGGGUUUGGAAGAAUUAUUUUGCUGAUCUGAAAGAUACCUCUUACAAUGUUAUAAGCAUGUUCCAGCAUCUUGACCUUAGCACUCAAAUACAUUGAGGCCCUGUGUCUGCAUGCUUAAGGGCUUAAUUAUGCCAUGCACAGAAAUAGGUGUCAGCUCUCCCUGACUUGAGAAAUGUCACACCAAGCCCCAGAAGACUCCCAAUUUUUUAGUCCUACAGUGCAGCUCCUAGUGACCAGCAACCUGCAUAGUCCUGACAGAUAAAACAAACUUUAAGACUAGUAGCCACUUGGAAGAGUAAGGUAGUUUGUGUUGCAUCAGCCAGAGUGUUUUCCUGCAUGUUUCUCUAAUUUGCUUUCAUGAAGUCUUCUGGCCUCAGAGCACUUAAGUGUUCCAGUGGCCACUGUCACAUAGCAUUAAAUAGCUUUGAUAAUUGACUAUCCUAGAUAAGAAAUUACUCAACAUUGUUAAUAUUGAUGGAUGCUUUUCAAAUGUUAAUUUAAAUGCUCUAAACAGGGUGUUUUCAACUUUGGUUUACUUGUUUUCUACUGCUUAUGGCUAAUAUGAAGUUGCAUAUGAUUCAGGGUGCUCCCUCUCCAUACGCACAGAGAGUUGAAGACAGCUCUAAUAAUGUCAGAGGCUACUGAAAAAGCAUCUUAAGCUUUGCAAGUAGCUGCUUCUCAUGAAAUAAGGUUAAAUUAUUGUGAGCAUCAGUAAAGUACGCACCACACUGUCACACACAUCCUGCUCACUUAAAGUAAGCACAGGCCUAAGAUGAGGAGGCAACAGAUUUUACUACAAAUCUCAUACACUAGCUACCACAGAAGGCACUUUUUCCAUUGCAGAUGAAUUUGUUUCUUUAUUCAUUGGCACUGUGAGAUAAAGCACAUGCAACAACACACCUAGCAGCUACAGCUGUGUCGUGGUUUCAGCCCAGCCAGUAACAAAGGACCACGCAGCCACUGGCUCACUCCCCCUGCCCCCCUCCGGUGGGAUGGGGAGGAGAAUCAGAAAAGAGAAAAAAAACCAAAACAGAACCUUGAGGGUUGAGAUAAGGACAAUUUACUGGGACAACACAAAAAGAGAAGUUACAACAACAAUGGUACUAAUGAAAGAAUAUACAAAAAGAGUGAUGCACAGUGCAACUGCUCACCACCUGGAACCUGAAGCUCUGCCACUGCCCCCACCGAAAGCUGAGUGUGCCCCCCCCCACCCACCCACUCCCCAUUUAUAUACCGAGCAUGAUGUCACAUGGUAUGGAAUAGCUCCUUGGCUAGUUCAGGUCAGCUGUCCCAGCUGUGCCCCCCCCCCCCCCCCCCCCCAGGUUCCUGUAAAAAUUAACUCUAUCCCAGCUGAACCCAGGACAAACUGAAAGGAGGAAGGAGUCUGGAAAGCUUGGUGCCCAAACUCCAUAAACAUUUGUACUCCUACAUUCAGUGUUCUAGUCCUUAUUCCCUUGAUAUCACUGAUCUGUCUUUAAGUUAAUAGUAAGGGCACUCCUGCUCCUUCCCAAGAGUGUACUUAGCACUGUCAUACUGAGCACCAACAAUCCCCCCCGACCCUGCAAAUACAAGAGACCAUGUUCAUCUGUGGAGCUGCUGUGUCCACAGCGCAAAAGUUUCCCUAGCUCAGCAUGGAAACAAAUUGUCAGGAAAAGUAAGCACAUGUGUAACCUGCUAAGUUAACUGAUUUACACAAGCACUUAACUCCCCCUACCUCGCACAACACACUCUGCCCUCACCCAGCCUCUAGAUAGUUUUGAAAACUGAGGAAACUAGACAGUAAUAAUAAAGUGAUGCUUUGGGGCAUACGAUUCUUUGGCUUCUGAGAAGUUUGCCGUCAUGCUGUAAGGCUCACACAAAGGACUACAGAGCAUGUGCAUAACUACCAUGCACAUCUUGCUACUUACGCACAUUUCACUACUUUCUUGGGUUGAGAGUGGCUCAAAGCUUUGGGCAACAGACUUUGGUGCCAUUUUAUGCUCAUGUUACAUUAUUAAAUCUUGAAAUAAUUAACGCACAUUUAUAGAUAACAAACGAAGCAUGAGUCAACAGAACAUUUUGCAAGAGAAAUGAGCUGAUAGGACUGUAUGUUUCACUGGUGCUGGGUGCGCAAUGGUGUAAUAUAUGUUGAUAAACUGACUGCUUUUUGGAGGCUUGCUUUUUUUUUGUCCAUUGCAUUUUUAAUAAAUACUAGUUGUAAUGG